CCCAGCCCUGUUCCUCAGUCCAUAUAUGGGCAGCGACGUCACGGGUUUGAAAACCUGCCCAUAAAUUCUCGGAGCCUAACACUUUCCGUCUGAGAGAGCAGCGAUUGAUAAAUAGCUGGGCGAGGGGACACACUGACUGUUAUAAUAACACUACACCAGCAACUCCUGGCUCCCCAACAGCCGGAUCACAGGCAGGAGAGAGUCAGUGGCCCAUAGCUAUUUUUCUUCUUAAGAAGCCAACAACUUGCUUGCUAGUUUUACAUCGGUUAGAUUUUUUUCUUUCUUUUCUUUUUCUUUUCUUUUUUUUUUCUUGCGUGUGGUGGUGGUCUUUUCUAAGUGUGGAGGGCAAAAGGAGAUACCAACCCAGGUUCAGUCCAACCCCUCUCCAAAAAACGGCUUCUCUGGCACUCCAGGUAGCGAGGGAGUUGGGUCUCCAGGUUGUGCGAGGAGCAAAUGAUGACCGCCAAGGCCGUAGACAAAAUCCCAGUAACUCUCAGUGGUUUUAUGCACCAGCUGCCUGACAGCCUCUACCCGGUGGAAGACCUCGCCGCCUCGUCGGUGACCAUCUUCCCCAAUGCUGAACUGGGAGCUCCCUUUGACCAGAUGAACGGAGUGGCCGGAGAUGGCAUGAUCAACAUUGACAUGACUGGAGAGAAGAGGCCCUUGGAUCUUCCAUACCCUAGUAGCUUUGCUCCCAUCUCUGCGCCUAGAAACCAGACCUUCACUUACAUGGGCAAAUUCUCCAUUGACCCCCAGUACCCUGGUGCCAGUUGCUACCCAGAAGGCAUCAUCAAUAUUGUGAGUGCGGGCAUCUUGCAAGGGGUCACCCCACCAGCUUCAACCACAACCUCAUCCAGCGUCACCUCUGCCUCCCCCAACCCAUUGGCCACAGGACCCCUGGGCGUGUGUACCAUGUCCCAGACCCAACCUGAAUUGGAUCAUCUCUACUCUCCUCCGCCACCUCCUCCUCCGUACACGGGCUGUACAGGAGAUCUCUACCAGGACCCUUCAGCGUUCCUGUCACCACCCACCACUUCCACCUCCUCUCUGGCCUAUCAGCCACCUCCUUCCUACCCAUCCCCCAAGCCAGCCAUGGACCCAGGUCUCAUUCCCAUGAUCCCGGAAUAUCCUGGCUUUUUCCCAUCUCCAUGCCAGAGAGAUCCACACGGUGCUGCUGGCCCGGAUCGAAAGCCAUUUCCCUGCCCUCUGGACUCCCUGCGGGUCCCCCCUCCGCUCACUCCACUCUCUACCAUCCGUAAUUUUACUCUGGGGGGGCCCAGUGCUGGAGUCACGGGACCAGGGGCAAGUGGAGGCAGUGAGGGACCCCGACUGCCUGGCAGUGGCUCUGCAGCAGUGUCUACUACCCCCUACAACCCGCAUCACCUGCCAUUGAGGCCCAUCCUGCGGCCUCGAAAGUACCCGAACAGGCCCAGCAAGACGCCAGUUCACGAAAGGCCCUAUCCCUGUCCGGCAGAAGGCUGUGACAGGCGCUUCUCACGCUCGGAUGAGCUGACCCGGCAUAUCCGAAUCCACACGGGCCACAAACCCUUCCAGUGUCGGAUCUGCAUGCGAAACUUCAGCAGAAGUGACCACCUCACCACUCACAUCCGCACCCACACGGGGGAGAAGCCCUUCGCCUGUGACUAUUGUGGCCGCAAGUUUGCCAGGAGUGACGAAAGGAAGCGCCACACCAAGAUCCACCUUCGACAGAAGGAGCGGAAGAGCAGUGCCCCCUCUUCGUCUGUGUCUGCCCAGCCUUCAGCCUCUGGUCCUGGGGGCUCGCAGGCGGGAGGCAGCCUAUGCGGUAACAGCACCAUUGGAGGACCACUGGCCUGCACCUCUCGGACCAGGACACCAUGAGAUGAAGCUCCGGCGGACACACCCAGGUCCCAGAGGCCCUCCGUCCACUUGAGCUGCACAACACUAUCACCCAUCCCUGUCCCUUCCUGUGAUCCUGGGCAAAGGACCUUGAUGGAGCCCGGCCCUGCCCCCACCCCUUUCCAGACACAGGACCCUCCUAAAAUUUAGACCAUUUUACUCUCUUAGGGGAGUUCACUGCCACUCCAAGUAAUGGGGAGCCAAGAAGAGGGCUGGGUGAGGGCCCUUGCACUAGAGGGCUGUGAUCUGAUCCUGACUGAGAGACAUCGCAUAGGUUUUGCUAGUCCUUUCCUUAUUUUGACCCUGGAUGCCAGAGUUCUUCUGAGACCUUUUCUACAAAUAGGUUGGGAGAUGCUGAUUCCUUUGAGUGAGGACAGCAAAAAAGACUAAGGAAAACUGACAUUGCACUUUAUGGCUUGGAACUAAUUUGGGGGAAGCUCCAGUGAGAGGAGCCUGGUUUCGGCUGCGGCACUCCGUGACCCAAGAACAGUGAAUUGAAGGGUAUUUAGCCGUCUCAACCCUUAAGCAAUAUGUACUAAAAACUCAGAGAACGAAAGUGCAAUGACGGGAGGGACAAAGCAAUAUUGGCUCCUUUUUGUUGAGAAACAAAGAUUAUUUUUUCAGUGUAUAUCCAUUCAGAUUUUGUGUAUUUUUGAUGUGCACUGUUCACUCCGAGUUCUGAACCUUCGGGAAAAAAAUGUAAAGCAUUUAUGAUCUCUUGAAAUGAGUCAAAGGUUAACUUAUUUAAAGGGGGAUGUACAUAGGGUGCAUGCAGUUGUGUUGGAAGGUGUCCUCUGUGCCUUGUGUGAUGUGGGCAGUGUUACAGGGUCUGCAUGUAUGCAGGAGGCCUUACUAUGGAAAAAGAAAUCAUUCCCUGGGUUGAAGUACGGCUGUAUAUUUCUGCCUAUUAAUAUUUGGAAUUUUUUUAGAAAGUAUAUUUUUGUAUGCUCUGUUUUGUGACUUAAAAAGUGUUCCCUUUGUAGUCAAAUUUCAGAUGAGAAUGUGCAUAAUGUCACGCAGCUGAUUUGUUUACUAGCUCUUAAUAGUUGUGGAAAAAUAAACAAUCUAUUCUAACAUAAAGCCACUAACUGGAGUUCAGAUAAUGGAUGGUUUAUGACUAUGGUGUAAAUAAAUACUUUUCAACAAUA